AUGGACAGAGACAGUGCUAGCAGGAGAGGCAUUGCCAUCCACUUCGAGGUGUGGGAGAGUCUAGUCGAAUGCGACGCAGAGCUCGUAUCGAGAAGACAGGACCGUACUUUCAGUCUGUCUAGUCUCCUGCUCCGUCCUGCCCGUCCCGUCCAGCAUGUACACCUCUUCACCGCAGAGCGCCCCUCCUCGUUGUCGUGGCAGCCCGACGUCGUUACCUCCCAUAACAUCGUCAUCGGCGGGGAUCUAGAAGCGGCGAUACUCAUUCCCCUUGCUCAGGUCGACUGGGGUUCUGUUGAGGGAAAAACGGGAAAAGCAGUGGAGAGCAGUGGAGAGCAGUGGAGAGAAGUGGAGAGCAGUGGAGAGCAGUGGAGAGCAGUGGAGAGCAGUGGAGAGCAGUGGAGACAACAAAUGGCUCCAGUGACACCUCAACAAGCCAUUGGUGGUUGA